GUCGAAACAAACUAUUUCCCCCACGCAGCAUCCACCCCUCUUACAUUCUGCGCUUUCCUCAGAUCCGACCUACCCGCAUCUUUUACAUAUUCCUGUCCGAACUCUGCAUCAAGAGAGUCUCGCUGCCACAUCAAUCCGGUUCUAUAUCCAGCCUUCGAAGCGCAUUUCAUCAUGCAAGCACAACCUCAGAUGUCGACGGUCCAGCCCGGCUUCGUACCGGCCACGGCUAUACCCGGACAAGCAAAUGUAGUGGUAGUCACUCAAGUCGUGCAACGCCCCCCGAAAGACUGGACAUUUGGGCUCUUUGACUGUUUCGGCGACUGCGGCUCCUGCUGCCUAGCGAUGUUCUGCCCGUGCAUCGUGUACGGCAAAAACAAGCAAUCGCUGAACAAAUCCGACGGAUGCGGGGGUGAUUGCUGCAUCUAUUGCAUCACCAACCCAUGCUGUUCGGCGUGCGUUGGGGCCGGUGGACGGGCUUCGAUUAGGAGCAAGUUCAAUAUUACGGGCGAUGGGUGCUCUGAUUGCAUGGCGCACUGGUGCUGCAUGCCCUGUGCGCUCACCCAAGAGAAGCGCGAGAUCGAUGCUAUGAUCGCCGCUGGGAUGAACUAGGCCCAGCCAACCAUAAUUGCCAGAGUAAAGAAACAGCGGCUUCAACACACAGGAAAACCCCAUCGAAAGGUUAUUGGACAUGAUUCCAUAUGCCCGUGUUUCGUGAAACCCCACAACGAUAUGGACAACCCUUUUGAGGGAACUUUU